AUGGAAGUCGCUCCGGAGGAUCGAGAAAUCCUGACGCUGAAUACACAUCGGGGUCUGUACCGACCAAAUCGGCUUAUGUAUGGGAUUGCUUCAGCCACAGCAAUAUGGCAACGACAGAUAGAAACAAUACUGCAAGGCAUCGAAGGGGUGAGUGUAUUCCUAGACGAUAUCAAAAUAACUGGCAGUGAUCAAGAUACGCAUCUACGUCGGCUCGAAGAAGUCCUUCAGCGACUGAGUGAAUGGAACAUCCGAGUGAAUAGGUCCAAAUGCGAAUUCUUUGCGGACGUUAUUGAGUAUUGCGGCUACAUGAUCGAUAAAGAGGGAAUUCAUAAAAUUCGGGCAAAGGUUGAAGCCAUCAAUGGAAUGACAAUUCCAAAGAACAAGGAGGAGGUACGAUCGUUCGUUGGUCUGAUAAAUUACUAUGGACGAUUUUUCAAGAAUCUUAGCACAGUGCUCUAUCCUCUCAACAAUUUACUAAAAAAAGACGUCCCCUUCGUGUGGACAAAACAGUGUGAGGAGUCAUUUCGCACUGUUAAGUUGCAAAUGCAAUCUAAGGACUGCCUAGUCCAUUAUUCACCCGAGUUACCACUGGCACUAGCUAAAGAUGCAUCACCAUACGGCGUGGGAGCUGUGCUUAGUCAUCUCUACCCGGACGGCACGGAACGUCCCAUUCAGUUCGCGUCCCAAACCCUAACGUCAGUUCAACAAGGAUACAUGGAGGUGGACAAAGAAGCGUAUGCCAUAUUGUUCGAAUUAAACCAAAUUGAGACGCUGCCGAUAAAAGCGGUGGAGCUGGCGCAGGCAACUGCAGAAGAUCAAACUGUUCGUGUGCUGGUCCAAGGAAUCAAGUACAGACAGGACGUUGACUCCAAGGAUCGAUUUGGUGUAGAACAAACGGAAUUUUCACUACAGAAGGGAUGUUUGCUGAGAGGAAUCAGAGUCUACGCACCGCAGGUAUUUCGGAAACGGGUGUUGGAGGAGUUACACUCAACACAUUUCGGAAUUACGUGUACCAAAUCGCUGGCUAGAGGCUACUGCUGGUGGAUUGGUAUGGACCGAGACAUUGAGACGAUGAUUGCAGAUUGUGCCGAGUGCCAAUCGGUGAGAUCUGAACCAGCGAAAACAAGACUGCACUACUGGGAAACUCCGACAUUACCAUUCCAAAGAGUCCACGUGGACUUUGCUGGUCCUUUCAUGGACACCUACUUCUUUAUUCUUGUAGAUUCCUACAGCAAAUGGCCUGAGAUAAAAGUGUGCAAGUCAAUUACGGCUGAAAGUACAGUUAACAUGUGUCGUCAGAUCUUCAGCACAUUUGGGAUCCCCUCGGUUCUGGUUAGCGACCAUGGUGUACAGUUCACAUCGGAAGCAUUCCAAAAUUUUCUACGGAUGAACGGAAUAAUUCAUAAAAUGGGAGCCCCAUAUCAUCCAUCUACGAAUGGACAAGCCGAGCGAUACGUGCAAACAUUCAAACAGAAGCUGAAGGCGCUCAAGUGCUCGAAAUCAAUGAUGAACACAGAGUUGUCCAACAUAUUGUUGAUGUACCGCAAGAUGCUGCAUCCAGCUACAGGCCAAUCUCCUUCCAUGCAGGUAUUUGGCCGUCAAAUUCGGUCGAGACUGGACCUUCUAUUGCCAAAGAACGAAGCUCGCGCCGCGCCGAACCGCGUGGUACGAGAGUUUAAAGAUGGUGAUCGAGUUCGGGAUUUUCUAUCUCACGAUAAAUGGAAGUUUGGAAGAAUCGUCGAGAAGACUGGAAAGCUACGAUACAUUAUUCGUAUCGACGAUGGAAGAAUCUGGGAACGUCACAUCGAUCAUAUGGUCGGAGUAGGCGAAAAUCUUCGUGAAGAUGUUGUCGAAUCUCCAACGCCGGCUAUCAAUCAUUAUGUUCCUGUAUCCAUGGCUACGAACCCUGUAGUCACUGCUGCCAAUCCAGUGGCUGGUAAAGACACUCCAAUCGAACCUGCUGCAGAGCUGGGGAGUGAGAACGCGAGUGGUACAACACCGGUCAAGGUCAAUCAAGGCAUCACUACUCCUUCUAGAACAGUACCAGGAUACCCAGAAAGACCUUCAACUAUGCCCAUCAGGCGCUCAAAUAGGAUUAUCAAACAUCCACAGAAGCUUAAUCUAUGA